AUGGUAAAUGUAACACUCGGCCUCUGGCUCAUCGGCGCCGUCCCAACCAUCCGAGCAUGCCUCUGCUUCGUCUCCCAGAUGCUCGCGGGCAUGGCCGCCGCAGGCGUAAUCCAAGCCAUCAUCCCCGGCCCCCUCAACGUCUCCACCACCCUCGGCGCAGGCGUCUCCGCCGCCCGCGGCGUCUUCCUCGAAAUGUUCCUCACCUCCCUCCUCGUCUUCACCAUCUUCAUGCUCGCAGCCGAAAAGCACAAGGCCACCUUCCUCGCCCCGAUCGGCAUCGGCCUAGCCCUUUUCGUCGCAGAAAUGGUCGGCGUGUUCUUCACCGGCGGCAGCCUGAACCCUGCGAGGAGCUUCGGGCCCUGUGUUGCUACGCACAAUUUCCCGGGGUACCACUACAUUUACUGGUUUGGGCCGCUGAUGGGUACGCUGCUGGCGUUUGGCAUGUAUCGUAUUGUUAAGUUGGUGGAGUAUGAGACUGUCAACCCUGGUCAGGACUUUGACGAUCAUGAGGCUGCGUUGUUUAAUCCCCCUGAGGACCCGGAACAUGCUGGGCAGGUUGAGCGGCCGAAUGUUGCGGCUCAUGCUAUGGCGGACGCGAUUCGCAGGACUAACUCUAACUUUGGGGGCGAAGCCCAGUUUGGCAUUGAUUCGAUGCUGGAGAGCAAGGACGACGAGAAGUCCACACCACCACGGUCGCCACAAAAGGAACAAGAGCUGUUAGAAAGGACCGGUCAUGCACCAGCUGCCAACGGCGAACGCCACGAAUGCUGUUAG